CUCGCUCUUUAUCUGAGUGUUUAUAAUGAAUGUCUUUAUUAAUGAGUCAGUCAUCACAGACACAAGAAGAGGAACGACGUCCACAUGAUGUCCCGCACUGUGAGUCUACCGUCUUCUUCUGUGGUGGAGUCAGCACAGUGGAUCCUGCUCCUUCUUUUGAUUCCUCCAUGGUCAAACCUGGUGAUGACAUCAUCACCCUUCACCGUGGCUCUCUGGCACCACAACAACAGAGUCUCAGCCAACAACGUCUGCCAACGCUCAGAGAUGGCUGAUGGAGGACUGACGGUCGGCUGCAGUGGACUGAGACUGACACAGGUACCUGUCGGCCUCUCUAACCUGACCGUCCGUCUGUUUCUGGAUAAAAACCUUCUCAGCUCUCUGCCGGCCGGCUCCUUCUCUGAUCUGUCGCUGCUCGAUGAGCUCGACCUGUCGCACAACCAGCUCUCCUCACUGGAAGCCGGUUGUUUCCGCGGUUUGGCGUCCUCGCUUCGCUUCCUGGACCUGUCAUCCAAUCAGUUGUCUUCGUUGGAGCUGGCGGCGCUCAGCGGGCUGCGAGCUCUCACCAACCUCACACGCAACCCGUGGCACUGUGACUGCAGGAUGCAGCUGUCAACGCCUCAGCUGGAUCUGGACCCGUCAUCUCUCUCUGAAGUCAUCUGUCAAACCUCCGACCUGCCAAACCGCGGAGCUGUUGGGACGCCUCUGCUUCAGCUGCUGGACGACUGGGAUCUGUGUCUGUCUGUGAGGAGAAGCACUGAUGUGGUGAUGUUGGUCACCAUGGUCCUCUGGUUCUCCACCCUCAUCUCCUACCUGCUCUACUACAUCCGACAGAACCAGGAACACGCCCGCCAACACAUGGAGUACAUCAAGGCUCUGCAGGGACGCCAGCUGUAGAGGAAGAUGGAGCGCCAGAGUCCAUUUUUGAAAACCAACACCCGCCCAUCCUCAAAGCACCAGAACCGACCUGUUACCUGUAAAACUAGUAAAAACCUCACCCAUUAAUAAAAGUCCUGCGACCCUCCACCCAUGAUCAAACCCCCCCAGGCUCCAGUCCCUCACAUGAAGCUGGUUCUCCGUUCUUGAA